AUGGAUCGUAUGCGACUUGAAAUCGAUGGAUUAACGGAGUCGUACAAAUUAGGCAGUUUAAUGAUGAAAGUUGGUCAAUAUGAUGUAGCAGAAGAAAUUUAUAAUAAAUUAAAUGACGAAACCAAUGAUGAACGAGAAAAAGCGAAUAUUCAACAUCAACUGGGAUACAUAAAAUAUAAACAAGGAAAGUCAAAGGAAGCUCUCGAUUGGUACCAACGAGUAUUGGGCGUCUAUGUAAAGAUUCUCGGAAAGGAGCAUAAAAAUGUCGCUGCAGUUUACAAUAACAUCGGCUUAGCUUAUGACAGUCUCAAUGAGCGUUCAAAAGCCUUGGACUAUUAUCAAAAGGCUAGACAAAUCUAUGAAAAAACUUCAGCGAAUGAUCCCGUUCUAGCGACAUGUUACAAUAACAUAGCGUCAAUCUAUGCUGCCGAAGGAGACCAUCAACCAGCACUAAAUUAUUACCAGAAAUCAUCUGAAAUCAGUCAGAAAUUGCAGGCCACCGACCAUCCUGACUAUGCUACUUUGGAAAAUAAUAUUGGUCUAAUUUAUUUGACAAGUGGGGACUUUAAAGAAGCUUUCAAAUACUUUCAUAAUGCGGUUAAAAUUGGCACGAAAUCUUUGCCGGUUGACCAUGCAGAUUUGACAACUUAUCAGGAUAAUCUCAAAAUGGCAACUGAGAAACUGGACAAGUAUAAAUAA